AUGACCGGCAAAAGCUAUACUAUUGUGCUGAAGCUGGGUUCCUCCUCGCUAGUCGAUGGGGAAACUAAAGAUUUGAAGCUCGCAUCUAUGACACGUAUUGUGGAGACGGUGUGCCACCUCAAAAAAAUGGGCCACCGGGUUGUCAUGGUGUCCUCUGGGGGGAUUGCCAUGGGAUUGAACGUUAUGUCUCGGGAUAAGAGGCCCACGGCCGUAUCGGAGACGCAAGCGCUUGCCGCUAUUGGCCAGGGGAAGCUCAUUGGUAAAUGGGACAUGUUGUUCCAGAAUUUCAACGAGGAGAUUGCGCAGAUUCUGCUGACAAGAAACGAUAUUUUGAACUGGGAACAGUUUCAAAAUGCAAGGAACACAGUUAGAGAACUGCUAGAUAUGAACGUGAUUCCGAUCGUUAACGAGAACGACACGCUGUCCAUCAGUGAGAUUGAGUUUGGUGACAAUGAUACCUUGAGCGGGAUCACCGCUUCUUUGAUCCAGGCCGAUUAUCUCUUUUUGCUUACGGACGUAGACUGUCUGUACACUAACGACCCACGGGUCGACCCAGAUGCGAAACCCAUAUUGACCGUGAGGAAUCUGCACCUGAGUGAGGGUGAAAAUGGGAAUCCCUUACGCGGUGUUAACUUGUCGAACGGCAGCGGGUCCAGUGUGGGUACCGGUGGUAUGAAGACGAAAAUCAUUGCUGCUGACCUGGCUUGUAAUUCAGGUGUCGACACUGUCAUUAUGAACAGUGAAAAUCCUUCGAAUAUUGAGACUCUGUUGAAAUACAUGGAGACUUUGGACAGUGGUGAGGAGAACGAUGCCGCUGAACUGGCCAGAAUGAUGAAAAUGAACGUGCCGCUCCACACAAAGUUCUUGGCUACGGACACUGAUAAACAAUUGGAGAGCAGACAGUUUUGGAUCCUUCAUGGGUUGGUAACCAAGGGCUCGAUCAUCAUUGAUGAGAAUACAUACGAGCAGCUGAACGACCUGGAUAUGAUUACGUCCAUUGACAAUGGCGGGUUAGACGUCAAUGGGAUCAUUGGUAUCGAGGAUAAAUUCCAUGAACUGGAAUGUGUGAAUUUGAAGAUCGGGAAGAAACUGGAAAACGGCGAGCUGGACCCUGACUACCCCUUGAAAACGGUGGGAAGGGCGCGUGUAAAUUAUACCAGUAACGAGUUGAACAAGAUUAAGGGUAUGACCAAAUUGAAGGACAUUGAAAAAGUCCUUGGUGGAGACUAUAUCGGCAGCGAUGACCACCUCAAUCAGGGUCAUGGGGACAGCGAAUCCGUACUUACUGGCGGGUCGCUAUCCGUUGUAGCUAGCAGAGAGAAUCUGGCUCUAACGCCGUUUUAA